AUGAGUAGAGGUAGCACCCGAAGCCGUGGCCAUAUCCGCCACAAUGUCUGCCAGGACACCGGAGCAAUUUUUGGCGAAAAGGAGGAGGAGGCACAGCCCAAUGUGGGUGACCUGCUGGAGCCCAAGGAGGAGCUGCUUAGUGCGGACGAGGAGGAUGGGGAAGAGGACCCCGAGGCGGAGGAGGAUGCUGAGGGAGAGCUGCUUACCGAGGAGAAGCCACUCAAGCCUAAUGAAUCACAGCCACAAAGCCACUGGACAACAGCUGAUGAGGAUCCGGGCAGGGGCUCGGUUGUGCCAAAAGAAGAAGCAGAAGAAGUACAACACCCACGGGAUAAGGAAGGUCCUGCUGCUGGUGGUGCAUCUGAUGCAGCUGCCAAUACCAACGGGCACUGCAAGUCCUCUGUCCGAACCCACAACAAGAACAAUCCUGAUGACGAGGAGGACGCGGAGGCGGAUGCUGAGAAUGCGGAGGAGGAGCCAGAAGACAUGGACUUGGAUGGCGACCUGCUGAGUCUCAGUGGCGAAGAGGACUACAAUGAUGAAGAGCUGCAGAGUCUCGACAGCUUCUACUCAGGUGAGCGGUUUGUCACAUAUGCUCCCCAUUCACUGGCCCCCACCCAAUCCUCCCACAUCUUCCCUUUCCACACAGCGCACAGCAUGCGUGCCCAAGCCAUAACCAUUGAAAUUGCCGUACAGGCAAUCAACACCAAGCCGGGGCCGACAGUGCCCGUGCCCGUUCCCGUAGAUAUAGACGCAGAGCCAGGUCGGAGACGGCAGCAGUCGGAGUCAAGUGGGGACCUCUACCUCUAG